ACAAUUCAUGAGAGGACAACAGAUGGUGAGGUUGUUGUCUCUAUUAGUGAAUGGAAUGGGGUCCUCUGCACAAUCACAUGGACCGGAUUCUCUUGGACUCGUAUGUCGCACGUAACCUGUUCGACGACAAUGCUGCGAGAGUUGAAAAUCGAGGGCAGACAGCGUUAAUACUUGUAGUAGGCGAUUCGGCGAAGCUUUGUCUUCUUGCAAGAAUCGCAGAGAGAUAAUCAUCAUCAUCAUCAUCAACUGCACAGCAAAAAAAAGAGCCAGUUCUAUCUGUUCUCCAGCGUUUUAUUCUUAUCUCUGAUUCUUACAAAUCUCGCGAGAAGAUUUAUUUUGUAAAAUUGUCCAGCUGCAAUAAGAAAGUCCAUCCUGUCAACAAAGCAUGAGUCAGCCUAAAAUUAAGCGUCACGUGGGAAAAUAUGAGGUUGGAAGAACAAUUGGCGAAGGAACAUUUGCAAAAGUGAAGUUUGCACGGAAUUCUAAGACGGGGGAACCUGUGGCUAUUAAAAUUCUUGAUAAAGAUAAGGUUCUCAAAAACAAGAUGGCGGAACAGAUCAAGCGAGAAGUUGCAACAAUGAAGCUGAUAAAGCAUCCGCAUGUUGUUCGAUUGUAUGAGGUGAUGGGAAGCAAGACAAAAAUAUUUAUUGUUUUGGAGUUUGUUACUGGGGGAGAGCUCUUUGACAAAAUUGUAAACCAUGGCCGGAUGAGCGAAGAUGAAGCUAGGAGAUACUUCCAGCAGCUUAUAAAUGCAGUUGAUUAUUGCCAUAGCAGGGGUGUCUAUCACAGAGACCUGAAGCCAGAAAAUCUGCUGCUGGAUGCUUAUGGAAACCUAAAAGUUUCAGAUUUUGGAUUGAGUGCACUUUCCCAGCAAGUCAGGGAUGAUGGCCUGCUUCACACCACCUGUGGUACUCCAAAUUAUGUUGCUCCUGAGGUCCUUAAUGAUAGCGGCUAUGAUGGGGCAACUGCUGACUUGUGGUCGUGUGGGGUGAUACUCUUUGUACUGCUUGCAGGGUACUUGCCUUUUGAUGAUUCUAAUCUUAUGAACCUAUAUAAGAAAAUUUCAGCUGCAGAAUUCACUUGCCCCCCUUGGCUUUCUUUCAGUGCCAUGAAAUUAAUCACUCGCAUUUUGGAUCCCAAUCCUAUGACCCGAAUAACCAUUCCUGAAAUUUUAGAAGAUGAAUGGUUCAAGAAAGGUUAUAAGCCCCCAGUGUUUGUAGAGCAAGAAGAUACAAAUUUGGAUGAUGUUGAAGCUGUCUUUAAGGAUUCAGAAGAACACCAUGUCACGGAAAAGAAAGAGGAACAGCCUACAGCUAUGAAUGCGUUUGAGCUCAUUUCUAUGUCUAGAGGGCUAAACCUUGGAAAUCUAUUUGAUGAACAGGGUUUCAAGAGAGAAACGAGGUUCACUUCUAAAUGUGCAGCCAAUGAGAUAAUCAAUAAGAUCGAGCAAGCGGCAAAGCCCCUUGGUUUUGAUGUUCACAAAAAAAAUUACAAGAUGAGGCUUGAAAAUAUGAAAGCUGGGAGAAAGGGAAACCUUAAUAUUGCGACUGAGAUAUUUCAAGUGGCUCCUUCUCUUCAUAUGGUUGAAGUGAGAAAAGCGAAAGGCGACACUUUGGAGUUCCAUAAGUUCUAUAAAAACCUUUCGACCUCCCUUGACAAUGUUGUUUGGAAAACUGAGGAGGACAUGCAAGAAGCAAAGUGAAAACACUGUCGAUUUUGACGUGUGAUUGGCUGGAUCUUCUGGGUUCUACGUUGCCCAUCGUUUUCCAUUGUGUUUUAUAUGUUCAAUUCUUUUUGAUCAACUUAUCUAGCGACCUCUUUUGUGUUAUUUUCUUAUUCCUUUUUAUUAGGUAGACAUGGAUUAUGGAAUAGUCGAACUUGUGACCUAGUGGUAGAGCCUCUAGUGACGCAACUUAGAGGUCACAAUUUCAAUUCAAAACAGUCUCUCCCACAUAUUAUAUGGGGGUAAAGUCUAUGCACAUUUCGCAUGUCCUCAACCCCGUCCAGAGCGGGAGUCUUGUGUCCAAGAGUGGUCUAGUUUUUUUACAUGGAUUCUGAAAUUGUUUUCCGUGUAAUUGUGCUAGAAAGCUUAUGAAAUUCACUUUUAAAUGUAAAUGUCAAAUCAGAGAAGGUAUUCCUGAUUGUAUGACAAUAAGAAAAAGAAACUCUUGUUUUCCUCUGAUUUUCUU